AUGGCAUUCAGUGCUGAGUCGAUUAAACCUCCGCUACAAGAGCAAACAACGGAGCUGAAGCGUAAAAUCCAACUACUGGAGAGCGACAGAGCUACAUACUACGAGAGCACCCAGUCCAGCAUCAAGAAGAACAAACAGUCCAUCCUCCAGCUGAGGCAGCAGAACAAGGAGCUGCGCAGGAGGCUGGCUGAAGCUAAUGCUGGUGAUGAACAAAUCAUUAAAGUGGCCUUUCACAACAGAGGCGUGGAGAAGAAUGCCUACCGCAACCUGUCAACACAGGAGGCUGCCACAACGCUGGACCACAGGGUGAUGUCCAAGAGGAAGCGUCUAAACGCCCUGAAGGCCACCACCCAGACCAACCAGCGCCGCCUUGAAGAGCUGAAUAUGAAGUACAGGAGACUGAAAUCCGAGGGCAGUGGUGGGACAGCAUCUGCUGACAUUCGCAAUCUCAAGGAAGAAGAAGAUGCCAUGGAUCUGUUGGUGCUGGACAACAGGCUGGAGAAAACCCAGCUGAACGGCAAAGAGGCUAAGAACAUUAUGAGUCACUAUUUAAACGCCAAAAGUCGCUUGCAGGACGAAAGUCUGACUUUUGAGGGCCAGUUGGACAGCCUGGAAGCAGAAAUCCUGAAGCACAGAGAGGAGCAUCAGAAGUUGCAGGUCAUCAAUAAUGACGCCCAGCUCUCCAGAAAAGCCACUGAGGCCGGGUUACAGCAGCUGGAGGAAUCGCUCUUCAAGGAACGUAAGGAGAGAGAGCGUCUCAAAACAAGUUACACGAAAAAGGCUGAGGAGCUCAAAGCCCAGGCUGAAAAAGCCGACAGACGGGUCCAGAGAACAAUUAUCCAGCCGGAUGAACUGAGCAGCGAAGCGCCACACAGCACCACCAGGAUGGCAGGCGAGGAGGAGAAAGUCAUGUCCACCUUUGAGGAGGCCUUCAGACGCAACAAGGAGGCCGCCGAGGUCACAGAUUCACAGGAGAUAGUGGAUCCCAUUACUUCUCAGGGGGAGACACGUCAGCAUCUGGAGAAGCUGAAGAAGGAGAACGAGGAGGUCCUGGUGCAGCUGAAGCAGCAGAAGGAGCUUUUGAACCAAGACUUUGAAAAUAUAAAAUAUUCAGGGGGGGUUAAAUUCUCCAGUGAUCAGCAGACGUUGGAAGAGUGUGAGCAGCAGCUACAGGCUGAGCAGCAGAGGUGUAAUGCAGGCAAAGAGCGCCUGCACGGGCUCGUGAAAGCUUUCAGCACCGCCCGACCCGCAGUCGAGCACCUGAUAGACAAACUGCAACACAUCACAGUGAGUGAAGACACAGUUGCUGGAGUGCAUCCAGACUCUGAUGUGUAUGUGGUGGAGCUGAUGACCCAGUUGGAGCUGAAAUUGCAGGUACUGCAACAGGAGCUUCAAGGAAAGGAUCUGGCAGCUAUUAAGAAGGAGAUGGAGGAAGAGGAGUUCCAUGUCAGGAUCGAAGACAAGCUGCCGGAGUACAACACCCGAGUGCGACUGCCGGAGGAUGAAGCGGCGGACCUCUUCACUGAUGAGGACGCGAGCGGAGAGAGCGAGGCUAACAUCAUCUCACGUGAGGCUCUGAAACGUCAGUCCAAGCUGAUCGCCGACGCCAACUUUAAGAGGAAGCCGUGGAAAAAGAAGAAGGGCAAGUUCUGAUCCGGCAGGGUCAAGAAAAAUAAAUGCUCUGAACCAAAA